AUGACACAGAGUGUGAUGGCAUUGUGUUCCGGAAACGUUCCAAGGCUUCAAAGUUAAUGGCACUCAGAGACAUAUCCAAAACAUCCAGGCAUUACAGAAUUAUAGAAUCUAUAUUCGUGUCCAUGUGCAACAGCAAGCUUUUCAACGAUAUUGCAGUACAGGAUGAAAAUGAUUGGAUUGUCAACCACCAGUCAGAUGAGCAAACGUUUAAUGACUGGUGCAAGUCAUACAGUGUGGUUAAGAGCACGAAGAGUAGGAUUUGUAUUCAACCUAUUGGUGACUUCUCCGGUCCUGGUCAGAAACUGUUAUCAUGGCUCCAAUCCUUCUGCUCUGCCUUCUAUUUCGGAGUUCAGGUAGCGGUGUUGCCGCCAGUCAGUGCCUCUAAAAUAGGAUGCAAGUGCAGAAUAAACCCUGAAACAAGGAGGUGCCAAUUGCGGGCAACCGACAUCAUAGAUCAUCUAAAACAAACUCGCAAGCCGCAUGCACUUUGUACCGUAGCGGUCACAAUGAUCGACUUGUACCCGAAGGAAUCCUGGAACUUUGUAUUUGGUUUAGCGAGUCUAACGUAUGGAGUGGGAGUUUUCAGUUUUGCGCGUUACACUGACACUUUCUACCGGACCCCGCCCGCCAAGGAGAGCACAGAGAACUAUAUGUGUUCUGAUAUUACUGCUAAAUUGCUCUGGAGAGCUUGCAAGGUAAUGACACACGAAAUCGGGCAUAUGUUUGGGAUAAAACACUGUGUAUAUCACAACUGUGCAAUGAACGGCAGCAACCAUCUUGCGGAGAGUGAUCGACGAGCUGCUUCCCUCUGUCCUAUAUGUCUCAGAAAACUUCAGGAAGCCUUGAAGUUUGAUCUAGCUGACAGAUAUGGGGCAUUAGUGAAGUUUUGUGAGGGCAGUUUGACUGAUUCCACGACGCCACUCUCGGAAUUUGCGGACUACGGAGAAUGGCUGAAGAAAGCCCUUAGUUUUCUGGAGAGCAAACAAUACAAAUCCCAAGUCGGUAAACGACCAAGAUGACAAAAUAGCGAACACUGUUAAAAUGUUUAAAUAUGUUAACUAAAAUGCAGGAGGAUUUUAAGAGCAAGGUCCGGCCAGAGGACGUAACCCCUUUUAAUGCUAUACCUUAAAUAGCUGCUUUGAUAAAUUUUAUUUUCUUAAUUUGUCUAGAUACAAUUUGUUUUUUGUUUUUAGUUGCUAAAGUUAAACUAACAUUUCUGAUAAUUUACUACAAAAGGAUCGUAUUGUACGACAGUUGUUGAACAUUUUCACUUUUUUAAACAUUCAUUAAUG